UAGACCCACGGAUGCACCAUUGAGUCCUCCGUGACGGGCACGCAUCACGAUGUCUAACAGCUGGCUUUUCACCAUCGCCCUCAGCGUCGCGCUUGUGUCGUCGGCACUGGCCGAGUGCGUUACUUACGGCAACUGUGGCACAGAGCCGGACACCGGCAAGCCGCUGCCAUGCGCCGUCAACCGUGGUCCACAGCCCCUCGAGAGUAAAUUCCUGGAGAAAGCGUGUCCCGCUCUGCGCGACCCUUCCGGCAAGCCAGCGCCAGUUUGCUGCGACGCUAAGCAGGCGGAAAGCAUGGUGUCCGAGUUCAAGACCCUCCGCAACCUCGUCAACGAAAAAAAAUAUAAGGGGUGCUUGCUCAACUUCCAGAACCUCGUCUGCCAGGCGUACUGCUCGCCGAAACAGUCCGAAUUCGUCGCCAUCAACGGGACCAGCACCGAGGAAAGCGGCAAAUCCUCGGCCACGGAGUUGGUCUAUGCCGUGCACCCGAGCUUCGCCGAGGGACUGUACGCAGCUUGCAAGGGCGUUCCCACCCGAAUAUUCGGUGUCAAGUUGAUGCGUUUCAUGUGCGGAAAGCACGGCGCUGCCAAGUGCUCGCCCCAACGCUUCCUCGACUUCGUGGGCUCCGUCUCCUCGGAGGGCGGCCACUCGCCGGUCAAGAUGAAAUUCGAACUCACCAAGAGCCAGUAUACAGUGGGUGACCGGAAGCUGGAGCCGUACAACCCCAAAUUAAUCUGACCUAGCAGAAAGCUGGCGCGCGCACGCGGUUGAAACGGUUGAUAUUGGUGCAAUAAAUUGCAUUACUCGACACAGCAGAA